AUGCUCAGGGAACAUCCAAAUGAUCCUGAUUUUUGGAGGUAUCGUAAACGAGUAUCCGAGAUUGAAUUGCCCUCUAAAGAGCGAGCAGACCUCUGUGUUAACGCCUUUUUCCAAUGCGUCCAUCCCAACUUCACCUUGUUCCAUCGUCUUACUUACCAAACCGCUUAUGAGAAAAUGUGGCGUUGCUGGGAUGCGCAUAGAGGGAAAAAACCCAAGACUUAUGUCAAAGAAACUUCUGUAUCGGUUGGAUGGCUAUGUUGUCUAUAUAUGAUACUUAUCCUAGGAUCUCGAUCCCUUCCGCAAACUGCCGAGUCACUCGACUUUCAACGGAAAUGGUUUUCAAAAGUUGAAGAGCUCCCACCACUACUUAGUACUUCGAGUCUCCCGAAUGUACGUGCAUAUAUGCUCCUCUCGCUAUACUACCACAAUACCAACGACCGAACCGGUGCUUGGACGUUUCAUGGUGCAGCCUGUCGACUAGCUAUAGCGAUUGGAAUGCAUCGCGAGAGUUCUUCGGGAUUGUUCGAUCCGGUAGAGAGGCAACUUCGAAAGCUAGCUUGGUGGACGCUGUACGGCUACGAACAGUUUCUAUGCUGUUCAUUAGGCCGUCCUAGUGCGAUCGACGAUAGAGAAAUGGAUGUCGGAAUUCCAAAUGAUGACUAUCUAGACGCAAACCUCCUCCCUCCUCGGUAUAUCGAGCAUUCGGCUCGGUUGGAUAUGCUACUAGCUGCCGUCCGGCGCGGGAUAUUCGAUCCGGGAUUUGUCCCGGGGAAGAUGUAUACCCGAGCCCUGGAGUUCCUAGAGACUGUCUCAGGUUGGGAAGAUACACUGCCGAGAGGACUCAAACCCUCGGCGUACGAGGGCGGCUCCGACGGGAACGAUAACCAGUGGCGGAGUUCUAUAUUACUUAGCAUUCGGUAUCAUCACACUCUCUGCUUCUUAACGCGUCCGUUUCUUUUUGAGACGAUUGGAUCUGUGAACGGUGGACCCCCCCUCGGACCCGACGCUUGCAAGAUAAGAGCAUUAUGCAAAGUCUGCCUGACUGGUGCGAUGCGCUGUGGGAACUUGGUCAUCGAUUUAUGGCGCGCAGGUCACAUAAACGGGGCUACAUGGAUAGAUAUAUACUAUGCAUAUAUGUCUAGUCUAGAUAUCUCGUUAGCAUUGCUUUCCCCAGGUUCGUUAUGUCAAGAUGAGGGCCAACCAGAAAUCGCCAAGCCAGAGCUCAUAGAAAAAUAUACGAUAGAAGAAAUGAAGGACGUUGUAAGACAGCUAUGCGAGGUCAUGUCGACGAUCGAGGUAUGUGGAACAAACGCUCGGUUUGCAAAGGCAGCAUUCGAAUUUGCCAUUGCUCUCGGAAUUAUUCCCGAGGAGAGCAUUCUUUCCUUAGGCCUGUCACUCUUAGAGCUAAGGGCGAGGGAACGAGAUCAGGGACCUAAUGAGGAGAGUUUAAUUCCCAAAACGACAGAAAGGGAUCAAGAAUUUACCCACGAUAAAAAGCAAAGAGUUGAUGGUAACAGAGUCGACCAAGGCAUGACUGGAAUAUCUAACUAUUAUCCCGCAAGUGCUAUGAACUUAGACUUCCAAGGCAACAUGAGCUACCCCUUAGAUGACGCGAUGGGCGAUGUGCAAUGGGACAUGUGA